AUGCCUCUUCAUACCCCCUCACAUUUAUCUAUUGCUCGUCACGCAUUGAAGCCCCUCCGAGUCCAUCGGAGCUUUAUAAGACAAGCCACAUCCAGCGCGGACCCUCGCAAAGAAGGCGAUAUCUCAUCGGUUUUCGUUUCCUUGUCCGGAAAAGAGGAAACACCUCUGCCUCCAAGACGAAAUCGAAAGAAGUUGGCAUCGCUCCUGCAUACAUUGAAGGACGAGGUUCGCUUGAUUCACCAGCGUGGCUCUGAUAUCAUUCCCUCGAUCGAGUUCAAGGAUAUCCAUGCCGCACCAAAGACGUUCCGCGACGAACUGCGAAAACGAGGGGUUGCCGUCAUCCGAGGUGUGGUUCCUGAGCAUGAAGCCAGAGCGUACAAGGAUGAAAUCGAGGAUUAUGUCAAGGCCAAUCCAGGUACAAAAGCAUUCCCGCCACAUGACCCCCAGGUAUACGAACUGUACUGGUCACAGCCUCAGAUGCGUGCACGUACACACCCAAACAUGCUAGAAGCUCAGCGUUUUCUUAUGAGCUUUUGGCACUCCAAUUCACCAGACGCAAUGAUAUCCCCUACCCACCCUCUGAUCUACGCAGAUAGACUUCGCAUCCGGCAACCAGGAGACGCAGGAUUUGCACUAGGCCCUCAUGUAGAUGGGGGUGGGCCUGAAAGGUGGGAAGAUAACGGCUACGGUCGGGGCAAUGUUUACCAGAGAAUCUGGCAGGGGGGAUGGGAAGAAUACGACCCCUGGGAAGCCAGUUGCCGAGUUUUAGCAGAGACAGACUUGUACAACGGCGCUGGAGCGUGUUCAAUGUUUCGCAUGUUUCAAGCAUGGUUGGGCAUGUCUCAUACAGGGCCUAAUGAGGGAACAUUGCUGGUCAAUCCUCUGCUCUCCUUAGCUACGGCUUACUUUUUACUGCGACCUUUUUUCGAGCCAAUUUAUACACCUCCUAGGGAAUGUUCUCGCAUGGCGACGGAGACCUUCCUGCACCCAAGUAAUUGGCGCUUAGAAAGAAAGACCUCAAGCAACCUUCAGGGUGCAACUCCGGGAUUCGCGCAGGAACUUACUACAACGCUUCAUCCUCAUUUGGAACUCGACAAAACAAUGGUACACGUUCCUAAAAUCGCUCCUGGUGAUUAUGUGGCUUGGCACUGUGACACCAUCCAUGCCGUUGACCGGGUACACAAUGGCAGCGGCGAUUCAAGCGUUCUGUACAUCCCAGCAUGCCCCGUUACUGAGGCCAACGCCAAUUAUGUUAAACGCCAGAGGAACGACUUCCGUGAGGGUGUUCCUCCGCCAGACUUCCCGGGAGGCAAGGGCGAAAGCGAACACGUUGGACGCGCUACAGAGACUUGCCUGCGCAAGUCCACGAGUUCGCUUGGCUUGCGCUCCUUGGGGCUUGACAAAUGGGAUUUGGACGAUCAGUCGCUGAAAAAGGGACAACGACUUGUCUUGGAUAGGUCAAACCAGAUCCUAGGAUUCUAA